AUGUUGAACCUUCAAAAGCGUAUUCAAGGUGUUGAUGAGAAUAAGAAGUAUAUGGAAACAAGAAUUGCAAUCCGAACAAAACUUUUAUCCCAAGAACUGAAAGAUCUCGAAAGAAGUCUUGCUAGUCAGCGAAUGUGUGAAUUAACCUUUCCAAGCCCAUCUCAACAGCAUGAGAUGUUGUUAACUAUUUAUCCUCAUGAAGGCAUAUACAGAGGUGGUGUUUUCAAAUUUUCUAUCACCGUCCCUCCUGAGUACAAUAACGUGCCUCCAGUUGUAAAGUGCUUAACCAGAGUGUGGCAUCCCAACAUUACCGAAGAUGGCGCUAUUUGUUUGUCAAUUCUACGAGAAAACUCACUUGAUCAGUUCGGGUGGAGACCUACUAGAAAUUUAUCUGAGGUUAUUCAUGGACUUUCUUCGUUGUUCACUGAUCUGAUUGAUUUCGAUGAUGCCCUCAAUAUGCAGGCCGCGCAACAAUGGGCAGCUAACAAGGAAGCUUUCACUCACCGCGCUCGUGAAUAUAUUCAAAAAUACUGCCGAUCAUAA